AUGCCAAGUUCGAGGCUCUUCCCCGGCAAUAGUUCCAGACCCACAUUUGACUUGCCUGACGCUGAGCUGUCUACAGCAAGCUUGGUAGCCAAACAUGAUGCCGGGACUGGGAUACUUGACCCGAGAGAAUAUCAGGUAGAACUCUUUGAAAGGGCAAAGUCACAGAAUACUAUUGCUGUUCUCGAUACCGGUUCUGGGAAGACCUUGAUAGCCGUGCUUCUGCUAAAGCACAUCAUCCACAAUGAGUUGAUCGAUCGUGCUAACGGAAAGCCACAUCGUAUCUCGUUUUUCCUUGUGGACAGCGUGACGCUUGCUUUCCAACAAGCCGCCGUCUUGCGCAACAACCUGGAUCAGAAUGUCGCACACUUUUUUGGCGCUAUGGGUACUGACCUCUGGAGCAAGAAGACCUGGGAUCAUCAUUCUGAGAAUAAUAUGGUGAUAGUUUGUACCGCAGAGAUAUUGAAUCAAUGUCUACUCAACUCACACAUUAGAAUGGAUCAAAUUAAUCUACUCAUCUUUGACGAAGCCCAUCACACGAAGAAAGACCAUCCUUACGCACGGAUUAUAAGAGAAUCAUAUCUUAAAGCAGACCCAUCCAAGCGUCCACGAAUCUUUGGAAUGACAGCUUCGCCUAUUGACACCAAGGGGGAUAUCAUACAAUCAGCUAUGAAGCUGGAGGCUCUCCUAGACAGCAAGAUUGCCACAACAUCGAAACUUAGUCUAUUAAGAGAAGUCGUCAGACGUCCGAUAGAGGAAUCUUGGGAAUACGAUACACUCGAUCCGCCGUUCGCGACCAAUCUAUAUCAGAUCUUGCAAGCCCGCUUUGGUAACAUUAGCUCUUUGCAACCUGUGUUCAGGUUUACGUUACAAGCUAGUUCCGAACUGGGACCAUGUUGCGCUGAUCGUGCAUGGGCGCACGCCCUAGCAGACGAUGUGUUGCCGAAGCUUGAAGGAAAUGUGAGAAAGCUCACCCAAUCUAUCUCAUCACAGAUUCCUGAGUGCGCUCUCAGGGAAAUAUCAAGGAUACGGGAAGCUAGUGACAUUGUCAAGAAUUAUUCGUUGAAUAACCCCAAAGUUCCGGGUGAACUAAGCCCUAAAGUACGGCUUCUACGCCAAAAGCUUACCAAACACUUUGAGCAUCCAACGGAGAAAAAAUGUAUCAUCUUUACACAGAAGCGUUACACUGCUAAGAUGUUAUUCGACCUUUUCUCGACUUUAGAGAUACCUCACCUACGGCCUGGUGUGCUUAUUGGUGUCCGAUCUAGUGAUAUCGUAGGAAUGAAUGUGUCGUUUCGCCAACAGUUUCUCGCUUUGGUGAAAUUCAGGAGUGGGGAGAUUAACUGCUUGUUUGCUACUUCAGUAGCCGAAGAAGGACUCGAUAUUCCUGACUGCAAUCUUGUAGUUAGAUUCGACUUAUACAAUACCCUUAUACAGUAUGUGCAAAGCCGUGGCCGCGCUAGACAUUCAAGUUCGACGUAUGCAAGUAUGAUUGAAAGGUACAAUACUGAUCAUGAAGCACGACUAGUCGAGGUUCGGGAGGCUGAAAAACUAAUGCAGAGUUUCUGUGAAACACUUCCAGAAGACCGAAUACUCCACGGAAUUGACAGCGAGAUAGACUCAAUUCACCAAGGUGAAGAAGAGAAGCGAACGUUUAUGAUCAAGGCUACAGGCGCGAAGCUGACUUACCACUCUGCCCUAGCUAUUCUCGCACGCUACGCUAGCUCUCUGCAAUACGAAAAAGAGGUAUCAGCUCAUGCUACAUAUGUGGUGCUUCCACAGAAUAAUGGUUUCGUUUGUGAAGUCAUCUUACCGGAAAAGUCACCUGUUCGAGGGCUCACUGGAAUCCCUGCCCCGAAGAAAUCCACUGCAAAGCAAUCCGCAGCCUUCGAUACUUGUGUCUUGCUCCGAAAACACAAACUGCUCGAUGAUCACUUUAAUUCAGUUUAUCAUAGGCGCUUGCCUGCCAUGAGAAAUGCGAGGCUUGCCAUUACCUCUUCGCGUACAAACCAAUACAGCAUGCUAUCGAAACCUUCGCUUUGGAAGAAACAACAGGGUACCCUUCCAGAAAAGCUAUAUGCUACUAUUAUAUCAUUCAUACCAUCAGCGCCACUCAGACGCCGACACAGAAGUAUAAUCUUGUUCACUCGUGAGAGAUUGCCUGAUUUUCCAUCAUUCACCAUCUUCUUAGAUGAUGAUAUCGAGACCAUAGUCGCUCUUGAAUCUUUGGACGAAGUUCUACAUGUAUCUGGGCAGGAAUUGGAAUACUUGUCAAGCUUCACAUUUCGUAUUUUCCACGAUGUGUUCCACAAAACCUAUGAGGAAGAACCCGAGAAAUUGCCAUACUGGGUUGCUCCCGCAGGGACCACGAAGUCCAAGAAGGUCAGUGAUCCAAAGACUCUGACGGAUUGGGAACUGCUACUUCUUGUGCAUAAAAACGAGGAGAUACCUUUCACACUGCAUACAUCUUCGGAGGCAUUGAUCAAUCGUUUUGUAUUUGACCCGUGGGACGGAAGAUAUCGGUACUUCACCAUGGCCAUUGACAACACAUUGCACCCUUCGGAUCCGCCACCAUCCUUCCUUCCGCGCCGCAAGUUUAUGGAAGACAUCAUGAGUUAUACCUUAAGUGGUUCAAAAAAUGCACGGGCAGGGUUUUUGUCAAGAUGUAACUGGGAGCAACCAGUUUUAGAAGCCGAGCUGGUUCGCCUGCGGAGAAACCUCCUGGACAAGAUGACAGAUAAUGAAAAGGACGUCGAAACUAGAUGUUUUAUCUGUAUAGAGGCACUGAGAAUUUCCGCUAUCCCCGAGGAAAUUGCUGCUUCUUGCCUUGCCUUUCCGGCCAUAAUCAGCAGGCUGGAUGCAUAUUUGAUUGCGCUCGAAGGCUGCAAAACCCUGAAUUUAUCUGUGAAGCCCGAAUAUGCGCUGGAGGCUUUCACGAAAGACUCCGAUAACACAGAGGAGCAUCGGGUGCAACAAAUACAUAUCCAAAGAGGGAUGGGAAAAAACUACGAGCGCCUAGAGUUCUUAGGAGAUUGUUUCCUGAAAAUAGCAACAUCAAUUUCUCUCUUUGUGCAGAACCCGGAUGACGACGAGUUCGAUUUCCAUGUAAACCGGAUGUGCCUCAUAUGCAACAAAAAUCUUUUCAACACCGCUCUAAAGCAGGAGCUAUACCAGUAUAUCCGCAGUCGAGGCUUUUCAAGGCAUACGUGGUACCCAGAUGGCUUAACCCUGCUUCAUGGUAGAGAUCACAGGAAGAAGAUUUCGGCGGAGAGCAAACAUGUACUUGGAGAAAAGACAGUUGCGGACGUUUGCGAAGCCUUGAUCGGAGCGUCACUGCUCUCAGGUGGGCUGGAUAAUCGGUUCGACAUGGCUGUCAAAGCAGUCACUGCUGUUGUUGACAGUCCCAACCAUAGGGCCUUAUGUUGGGCGGAUUAUACUUCAUUUUACAUGUUGCCGAAGUACCAAGCUCAGAGCCCAGACGGAUAUGAGCUGGAUCUUGGCCGCAAGGUCGAGGAGAAACUGGGUUAUCGUUUCAAAUAUCCUCGCCUUUUGCACUCAGCUUUUACUCAUCCAUCGUACCCUUCGGCGUGGGCGAAAGUACCAUGCUAUCAGAGACUCGAAUUUCUGGGCGACUCUCUGUUGGAUAUGGUUUGUGUAGAUGACUUAUUCUACCGAUUUCCGGACAAGGAUCCACAAUGGCUCACGGAGCAUAAAAUGGCGAUGGUAUCGAACAAAUUCCUCGGGGUUUUAGCUGUUAAGCUAGGGCUCCAUACUCAUCUUAGACACUUCAGUAAUCCACUGCAAUCGCAAAUUACUCACUAUGCCGAGGAGAUACAAGCCGCAGAGAACGAAAGUGAAGGUGCAGUGGAUUAUUGGCUAGUAUCGAAGGACCCGCCCAAGUGCCUGCCGGACAUGGUUGAAGCUUACUUAGGCGCUGCUUUUGUUGACUCGGGCUUCCAGUUUCGCGUGGUAGAGGAUUUCUUCAAGCAUCAUGUUAAAUCAUAUUUCCUUGAUAUGACCAUAUACGACACGUUUGCUAACAAACACCCAAUCACUUUCUUGCAAAAUCGACUGAUAAAUGAGUACGGCUGUACAAAUUAUUGCCUGAAAGCCGGGGAGAUACCCGCUGUAGAUGGGGGCACGAUGAGUGUCCUAGCCGCUGUCAUUGUGCAUGAAGUUGUCGUUGCAGAAGGAACAGCGUCAUCCGGUCGUUAUGCCAAGGUGAAAGCGAGUGAGAAAGCCCUGAUCGUCCUGGAAAACAUGGAGCCAGCCGAGUUUCGCGAGAAGUAUUAUUGUGACUGCCGAACGGCAGAUGAUCCGCAGCUCAUGGAUAUUGGAACCGCGAUUUAA